ACUCAACGAAUGGAACCUCGAUUCGACGUUUACGCAAGGUCAUACGUCCCAUCGGCUCUGCGAACCGUCAAUCAGGAGCCAGUAAACGAAACACUUGUUACUGAAGCAAAGCACAGAAUAGACUACCAAGCGUAUGUCAAAGCGUUCACGGGGAGUGACUUUCUCGUCCAUCAGGGUACUUGGGACCAUGAAGUGUCCGCCGAUGGCCAGUCACCGACAGCAGAGCUUACAGUGCAGUCUUACGUAUCGUUAUUCGCAGGAUUGUUGCAGCGUGAAUGCGCAGCAAAAGAGAAACAAAACGAACAAUUUGCUUUGUAUCAGGUUCCAUUGCAGAUGAUUGCUGGACCACAUAUCCCCCGCCUUUGGGCGCUAUCUGUCCCCGGAUUACGAGAGGACAAACCGCUGAUCGAAAUGGGCGAUACCCUGAACAUACGUCAACUUUGGGUUGAUCGCAGUAGCAAGUUGAUCCAGAUGCCUACUAUGUUCUCAGGGGAAAGUGGACCUUACGUCGCCUACAAGCCCUGGACUGGGCUACAAUACAAUGCCUGCGUUUACAGCGUAAGCAGGGUUAACGAAACCGUUUAUUUGAAGGUGGACGGCCUGGAGAUCCUCGCCCAAUACAACGUCUUACCCAUGGUAGUGAACGUUGUCUUUCCUCUCCAACAACGAACAUUGAAAGCCCAGCGUAGCGCUCUGUUGUCUGUGAGCAGAAGUUCGAAACCACUGGAUCUCUCAUCCACUGUGCGAGAUGAUUGGAUACGCAAGACGCUAUUUCCCGUUGAGGGCCAUGGCCGUCUUCAGACGGCAUUGAGAAACAUCCCUCAUCGCGCUCUGUUCGAUCACGCCAUCAAUUACGAGCAAGCGCAUGCCGUGAACUCGGUAUGUGCUUUCGACUACGGUAUUACACCGUAUAUUAUCAGUGGGCCGCCAGGCAGCGGCAAAACAAAGACGCUGGUUGAGAUAGCCAUGCAGCUACUAAAUACCACGACUGUGGCCCAUCUGCUGAUAUGCGCGCCCUCUGAAGCUGCAGCGGACACUCUUGCCCUAAGGUUGAAAUGUUACUUGACCCCCAAGCAGCUCCUACGUCUCAAUGCACCAAAUAGAGCUGACAACGAAGUGUCACCUGGACUGUUGCAGUACUGCUUCAGUCGAAACAAUAUGUUCUACCUGCCGCCGUUCAAGUCACUUAUGUCAUUCAGCGUAGUAGUGACAUCAAAUCGAGAUGUAGCUAUGCUAGCUGAAGCUCGCUUGACGAAUGCGGACCUUUGGACUAUGGAGCGCGACAUGGUGUCAGCAUUACACCCGGGAGAGAAGCCAUCAAUACCAACUCUUCAUUGGGGCGCGUUACUGCUCGAUGAAGCUGCCCAAGCAACUGAGAUAGAUGUUCUGCCAGCUAUCAGCGUUAUCAACCCGCCGUCCGACUAUCCUCACGAUCAACUCCAACCACGUCUAGUGAUGGCAGGCGAUGAGCACCAACUAGGUCCACGUACAGCCUCUCAGGACCCAGCGUUCUCAACAUCCCUUUUCGCGCGCCUCUUCUCACGUUCUCUCUACGUAGAUCAUCCCCUUAGCCGAUCCAAGGUGAAACCAUCAUCGGGUCCACCGGUCCUAAAACGCUCUAUGCUACCCAUUUUAUACCCAUCGUUCACGAACCUGGUCCGCAAUUACCGCUCACACCCGGCCAUUCUGAGUGUCUCGUCCUCGGUCUUCUACCACGAUACGCUGAUACCAGAAGCUGCCUUUCCACAUACCCCAUUGCAGUCGUCCUCGUUGUGGCGAGGCCGGAAAUGGCCGGUCUUGUAUCUCCCACAUACUGGAUCUGACGAAAUUGAGCGCGAAAAUGGUGGAUGGUACAACCAGAGUGAAGCAAAGCUUGCGUGUUCAAUCGCUCAAGAUUUGGUUCUUGAGAGUGGCGUCAAGCAGGAAGACAUAUGCAUCAUGUCGCCGUUCGCUGCGCAAGUCAAACUCCUGCGCAAGCAGAUCCGGUCGUCCAAGUAUGCUGGCGGAUCUGGGCUAUGGGAUGUAAACAUUGGUCCCGUGGAAGCGUUUCAGGGCUUGGAAAAGAGAGUCGUGAUCAUCUGUACAACGAGGACGAGGCAGCGGUUUGUGGAAGAGGAUGUAAAGUGGGGCAUGGGCUUAGUCCACCAGCAGAGGAAGAUGAACGUCGCGCUGACACGGGCUAAAGAAGCACUGGUUGUAAUUGGGAGUCCCGAGGUGUUGGGUGCGGAUGAGCACUGGAGGGCAUGGAUGUCGUUUUGUGAAAGAAAUGGGUUGGUGAAUGAUCAGCUAGAGGUGUGGGAAAAUAGAGAGCAGUUCAAGGAUGGGAAGGUUGGUGUAUUGGAAAGAGCGCUGAUUGCUAAAGAAGAUGGAAUGCGGGAUGACUUAUCGCCAGCUUUGGGCGCUGCAGCUGCAGACUACGAUAUAGAUGGAGGAGAGUACGAAGCUUGGACCGAGAGUUUGCGAAAGGCUUUGGAUGGCGAGGAUGACGAAGUGGAUGAGGAAGGCUGCGACGAAGAAAGCGACACAUCAACGCCAGGAACGAUUGGUGACCCAUGCAAUAAAUAGCCUUGAAGAUAUGUAGGACAAGAUGCAAUUUAUGUAGAUAGCUUUGUUAGCCGUCUGAG